AUGGGUACAGGAAAGAAGGAGGCCACUCGUAAAGAGCGGCAGGGGAAGACUGGUGAUGGCAUGGGCAACGUCAAAACCAAAGGUGAAAAUUUCUACCGCGAUGCCAAGAAGCUCAAGACGUUGAACAUGUUCAAGGAUGGCAAGGCGCGCCGUGACAAGGAGGGAAACAUCACAGUCGCUGCGAGCUACCAAUCCAGAGAUGUGCCCACAGCUCGGAUCGAGCCCAACCGUAAAUGGUUCGGCAAUACCCGUGUUAUCUCCCAAGAGGCCCUGACCUCGUUCCGUGAGGCUGUCGCUGAGCGUGCUUCCGACCCUUACCAAGUUCUCCUAAAGACCAACAAGCUGCCCAUGAGCUUGAUCCGGGAUGAUAAAGGUGGAAUCAACGGGUUGAAGCAGCACCAGGCCAAGAUGGCUAUCGAGACUUCUCCAUUUGGUGACACCUUCGGCCCCAAGGCUCAGCGCAAGCGUGUCAAGCUCGGCGUGUCUUCUCUCGAGGACCUCGCUGGCGAGACUGCCAAGAUGCAGGAUACCUACAUCGAGAAGAAUGAUGAAGGCACCCAUGCUGAUGGAAGCGCCAUCGUCGGCGGUGAUGACAAUGCCAAGGAAGAUCUCGGCCAGCUCACCACCGCUCGUGAAUCUGUCUUCUCCAAGGGACAGAGUAAGCGCAUUUGGAACGAACUUUACAAGGUCAUCGAUUCCUCCGAUGUCGUUAUUCACGUCCUUGAUUCUCGUGAUCCCGAAGGUACCCGUUGCCGCAGUGUUGAAAAAUACAUUCGCGAGGAAGCACCGCACAAGCACUUGAUCUUCGUCUUGAACAAGUGUGAUCUUGUCCCGACAGGAGUUGCUGCUGCCUGGGUUCGUCAUCUUUCUAAGGAUUACCCAACGCUGGCUUUUCACGCCAACAUCAACAACUCUUUCGGCAAGGGAUCUUUGAUCGCUCUGCUCCGUCAGUUCUCUUCUCUUCACUCCGACCGUAAGCAGGUUUCGGUUGGUCUGAUUGGUUACCCCAACUCGGGCAAGUCCUCUAUCAUCAACACCCUUCGCAACAAGAAGGUGUGCACAGUCGCUCCCAUUCCCGGUGAGACCAAGGUGUGGCAGUAUGUUACAUUGAUGAAGAGAAUCUACCUCAUUGAUUGCCCUGGUGUGGUUCCUCCCAGCCAGACCGACACCGAGGAAGACAUUCUCCUUCGCGGUGUUUGCCGUGUGGAGAAUGUCCACAACCCGGAACAGUACAUCCCAGCUGUCCUUCGUCGCGUCCAACCCCGUCAUCUUGAGCGCACCUACGGCAUCAAGUGGCAGGAGGACCACAUUGAUUUCUUGGCUCUUCUUGCCCGCAAGGGUGGUCGUCUUCUCCGUGGAGGCGAGCCGGAUGUCGAUGGUGUUGCCAAGAUGAUGAUCAACGACUUCCUCCGUGGAAAGAUCCCCUGGUUCACUCCUCCUCCCAAGCUCCAAGGCAAGGAUGGCAAGGAUGAAGAGAAGAUCGAAGGCCGUGAAGGCCGUCUCGGUGAAAUGGGACGCAAGCGCAAGCUGAACGAGAACGAUGAGCCUGCCACCAAGGAGGCUGAUGCCGAAGAAGCCGAGUCUUCCGACUCGCAGCCUGCUCAGGACGAGUUCGGCGGCUUCGAUGAUAGCGACAACGACUCGAUCGCCAACAUCGAGGUCAGCGACGUCGAGAGUGGCGAGGAGUGA